CUCCCAGGACCCAGGCGUAUUAUGUGCGCCGUGACGCUCGGGCGUGCACUCUGCGGCGCGGGAGUAAAGUCUGUUGGAUUGGUGUUUAGCCUGGAUGCCUGGGUUCCGGGUCCUGCUGCCGUGGGGCUCCACGAGUCAUCCAGCUGAAGAAGACCCGUAGAACUGGCUCUUUUCAGGAACAUUCUACCUAUGAAGCGCUGCAGUGCUUAAUUAACUUUUGUGCCGUGAACUAGAAAAUGUUGUCAACUCCUGGGGUAGAUCUUCAUUUAUAAAUGAAGUGGACAAUCAAGAAUCAUCACGGAUGUGAGGAAAAUCAGCAGUUAUCAAACUCAAUAAGCUGAAUAGUGUCACCCUUGAUAAAAAAUAAUUUCUAAACAAAAAAGAACUUAAAGUCCUGAACCUUUUAAAGAUGAAUGAAAAAAAGUUGAAAACAUCUCCACCGAAGCGGAGACUUCCUGAAUGGAUGUCUAUGCCUAGUAAGAGAUGUGCUGUAGAAGAAAGAAAGGCAUCUAGUCAGAAGAGUGUUUUUGAAGAUGACCUUCCCUUCUUAGAAUUCACUGGAUCCAUUGUGUACAGUUAUGAAGCUAGUGAUUGUUCUUUCCUAUCAGAAGAUAUUAGCUUGAGUCUGUCUGAUGGAGAUGUGGUGGGAUUUGACAUGGAAUGGCCACCAAUAUAUAAUAAACAGAAACUGGGCAGAGUUGCACUAAUUCAGUUGUGUGUGUCAGAGAGCAAAUGUUACUUGUUUCAUAUUUCUUCAAUGUCAGUUUUUCCUCAGGGAUUAAAAAUGUUGCUUGAAAACAAAGCAAUUAAAAAAGUAGGUGUAGGAAUUGAAGGGGAUCAGUGGAAACUUCUACGUGACUUUGACAUCAAAUUGAAGAGUUUUGUGGAGCUGACAGAUGUUGCAAAUGAAAAGCUGAAAUGUGCAGAGAUCUGGAGCCUCAAUGGUUUGGUUAAACACCUCUUCGGUAAACAGCUUCUGAAAGACAAGUCUGUCCGCUGUAGUGAUUGGAAUAAUUUUCCUCUCACUGAGGAUCAGAAACUGUAUGCAGCCACGGAUGCUUAUGCUGGUUUCAUUAUUUACCAAAAAUUAGAAAUUUUGGGUGAUGCUGUGCAAAUGUUUGCUAUAAAUAGAGAGGAGGAACUUCUUUUUGGUGACGUGAGGAAACAGUUGACUUCAAUCUCCGAGGAGAUGAUGGAUCUGGCUAAGCGUCUUCCUGACACUUUCAGAAAGUUGGAAAAUCCACAGAGGGUUUCUGUACUGUUGAAGGAUAUUUCAGAAAAUCUCGAUUCAUUGAGGAAGAUGAUAUUUGGUUCUACCGAGACCGAAUUGAAGCCUAGCGGCAAUUCUAGCUUACUACCAUUGGGAGACCCGACUGCUGGUGGAGUACUACAGAAACAAAUUAGAGAACAUAAAAUUUUUACUGAAGUUAAAGAUGAGACAUGGGACACAACACUGGAUAAUUUCAUUAAAAAUGAUGGAGAAAAUGUACUUGGAAAUGAAGUGAAAAGAAAAGACGAUGAAUUUGAAGAUGAACUAGAAGCCAAUAAGUUGAAAGAGGAAACAGAAAGAAUUAUGUCAUUAGAUAUCACAGAAUAUGAACUCCAAAUUUUGGAACAGCAGGCUCAGGAAAAAAAUCUUAGUGAUGUUACUUACAAAUCUCCUGAGCAUGUAUCCUCCAAGGAUAAUGAAGAGGAUGUAUCUUAUAUAAUUGAAAGUGAUGAAGAUUUAGAAAUGGAGAUGCUUAAGACUUUAGAAAACCUAAAUAGUGUCACGGUAGAUCCAAUUCAUUCAAAAGGCACAGAAAUGGAAGGAAAUCUGGAUGUUCCUUUUGAAGAUGAGGAAGAUGAGAGUGAAGCUGUUGAAGAGGAAGAAGAAGAUGAUGAAGACCGUUUGUUACCAGGACCUAAUGCAGAGCAAGUGAUUUGCCUCAAGACCUACUUUGGCCAUUCCAGUUUUAAGCCGGUUCAGUGGAAAGUGAUUCAUUCUGUAUUGGAAGAAAGAAGAGAUAACGUUGUUGUCAUGGCAACUGGAUAUGGAAAGAGUUUAUGCUUCCAGUAUCCACCAGUUUAUGUAGGUGGGAUUGCCGUUGUCAUCUCUCCUCUUAUUUCUUUGAUGGAAGACCAAGUGCUCCAGCUUGAAAUGUCCAACAUUCCAGCUUGUUUUCUGGGAUCAGCACAGUCAAAAAAUGUUCUAGAGGAUGUUAAAUUAGGCAAAUAUCGGAUUGUAUACAUAACUCCAGAAUUCUGUUCGAGGAACUUGUACCUACUCCACCAACUUCAGGCUAAUAUUGGUAUCACACUUAUUGCUGUGGAUGAGGCUCACUGUAUUUCUGAGUGGGGACAUGAUUUUAGAAAUUCAUUCAGGAAUUUGGGCUCCCUAAAAACAGCAUUCCCGUUGGUUCCAGUGGUCGCCCUCACUGCUACGGCCAGUUCUUCAAUCCGGGACGACAUUGUGCGUUGCUUAGAACUGAAGAACCCUCAGAUCACCUGUACUGGUUUUGAUCGACCGAACUUGUAUUUAGAAGUUGGACAAAAAACAGGAAACAUCCUUCAGGAUCUGAAGCAAUUUCUUGUCCAAAAGACACGUUCUGCCUGGGAAUUUGAAGGUCCAACUAUCAUCUAUUGUCUUUCCAGAAAAAUGACAGAACAAGUUACAGCUGAACUCAGGAAACUGCAGUUAGCCUGUGGAACAUACCAUGCAGGCAUGGGUAGUAACUCAAGGAAAGAGGUUCAUCAUCGGUUCAUGAGAGAUGAAAUUCAGUGUGUCGUAGCUACCAUAGCUUUUGGAAUGGGCAUUAAUAAAGCUGAUAUUCGCAAAGUCAUUCAUUACGGUGCUCCUAAGGAAAUGGAAUCAUAUUACCAGGAGAUUGGUAGAGCUGGCCGGGAUGGACUUCAAAGUUCUUGUCACCUACUCUGGACUCCAACAGACAUCAACUUAAAUAGGAACCGCCUUAGUGAGAUACCUGAUGAAAAGUUUCGAUUAUACAAAUUAAAGAUGAUGGAAAAGAUGGAAAAAUAUCUUCGUUCCAGCAAGUGUAGGCGACAAAUCAUCUUGUCUCAUUUUGAAGAUAAACAACUACGAAAGGCCUCCGUGGGCAUUAUGGGAACUGAAAAUUGCUGUGAUAAUUGCAGGUCCAGAUUGGAUCAUUGCUUUUUCAUUGAUGACUCAGAUGAUGCAGCCCAGGACUUUGGUCCACAAGCACUCCAGCUAUUAUCUGCUGUGAACAUCUUAGGAGAAAAGUUUGGAAUUGGGGUUCCAAUUUUAUUUCUCCAAGGAUCCAAUUCCAAGCGUCUCGCAGAUAAAUAUCACAGUCACAGUUUCUUUGGCACUGGCAAGGACCAAACAAGGGCGUGGUGGAGGGCUCUUUCCCGUCAGCUCAUAACUGAGGGAUUCUUGGUCGAAGUGCCUGGGAAGGAAAAGUUUAUAAAGAUUUGCACCCUUACAAAAAAGGGUAGAAAUUGGCUUGAUAAAGCCAAAAGAGGAUCCCCUCAGAGGCUUAUCCUUGAAGCUAACGAAGAGCUGCGUCCAAGGAGGUUUCUUCUACCGAGUUCUAAAACUGUAUCUUCAGACACUGGACAGCAUUCCUCUAGUCAAGUACCAACUGAAUUAACUGCAGAGAAGAAGCAGGCUAACUUGGAGAAGAUGUAUUCUUAUAAAGCAUUUGAUAAAAUUUCUUCUGGGAGUAACAUUCCUAAAAAAAGCGUCAUGUUGGAAUCACCAAGAAAAUCUUACAAGUCCUCAGAACCUGUUAUUUCAGCUCAAGAGCAAGAGUCUCAGACUCUGUUAUACGGUGAAUUGGUAGAAGCUAGGCAGAAACGUGCCCAUAACAUGGACGUUCCUCCAGCUAUCCUUGCAACAAAUAAGAUACUGUUGGAUAUGGCCAAAAUGAGACCUACUACGGUUGAAAAUGUGAAAAGGAUCGACGGUGUUUCUGAAGGCAAAGCUACUAUGUUGGCCCCUCUCUUGGAAGUCAUCAAACAUUUCAGUCAAACAAAUAGUAUUCAGACAGACCUCUUUCCAAGUACAAAACCUCAAGAACAGCAGAAAAGUCCGGUGGUGAAAGAUGAAGCACGCUCACUUUCACACUCUGUGGCCGUCACAUAUUCUUUAUUCCAAGAAAAGAACAUGUCUUUGAAAAGCAUAUCUGAGAACAGGACUCUGCCUCUCACAGCAGUUGGCGCACACUUACUCCAAGCGCUGAAAGCCGGCUACCCACUCGACAUGGAGCGAGCAGGCCUGACUCCAGAGACUCACAAGAUUAUUGCUGAUGUCAUCCGAAACCCUCCCGUCAACUCAGAUAUCAAUAAAACUAAACUAAUUAGAAUGUUUGUUCCUGAAAACAUUGACACAUACCUUAUCUACAUGGCAAUUGAGAUCCUGAGAAAAGAUUGUGACAACAGACUGUUAUGCCAGCCUUCAUGUGAUUCCAAUAAAAAGAGAUGUUUCCCCAACUCUGAAGACAGCUGUUCACGUUCGAAGAGAAGCAAGGACGAAGUAGGCACUAAUACCAAGGUUGAUGGAAAACAUCCUUGUGAUUUUUCACCAAAAGAUAAGAGUCGCGGAAAUUCACUGAGACUGACAUCUUGGAAUCAGCCAUCCAGCGAUCCAGAAAUAGAAGAUCUUUUUACAGACUCUCAUCCACAGACUUCAUCUGGAGCCUUAAAGAGAAUGUAUGCGGGGUUUGGCAAGAGAGAUAAGAUCUUAGUUGAUACCAGCAAAAAAUCAAUGGCCAGAACAAAAAAGAAGGGUCUUUUUAGUUAAAUUGACAAUUGCUAGAGGAAUUAUGUGUGUCUUGCUGUAUUGUAAGAGGGGAGCUGUAUUUCAUUUAUGAAAAGACUGGGGAGUGAUGUUUCAGUUUAAAAAUCAUUUUACUCUCAAAGUAAAACUCACUUUAUUGAACAGCUGGCAUCUUAAAACAGCCCUGUGCAAUUCACAUAAAGUUGAGUCUUCUGAGAGCCUGGGUGAUUACAUCAUAGAAUAGAAUAUUAAAUUAGUUUCCUUUAAGAUUGCACUGUUACUGCCCUGUUUUCUAAUCUCUUUAUUUAUUUCAGCAGUCUAUUUGGAAAAUGUGAUUUGAUAUAGAUAACAGUAGGUAUACAGUGAUUGUGUGCAUGAUUUAAAUAUUCUGAUAUUCCCACAAUUCUGUCUUGGAAAUAAAGAAAGCAUAGUUGUUUUACAAAUUGUUUUUACUAUCUUUAGAAGAAACUUUUAUCCACAUUGUUAACUGGUAUCAGUGGACCAGAUAAGUGAAAAUGAAACAUUUUGGAUUCCAUGUAAGGAGGAAAAAAAGACUAUAACAAAGGAGACCAAUUGCACUAGGCAAAUAUGCACUUUGUAUUUUAUAUAUUAUUUCUAUUAUUUUUCAAAUAAUAAAAAAAGUCCUUCAUACUGAAUAUUAUAAAGAUAGAUAUUUUUGUAAGCUUUCAUUUACUGAAUUACUUUGAGUAUUUUAUUUUUUAAGGAUGUCAGAGUUUGGUUCUAAAUUCUCUUUGUGUAGCACAUAUAACUUAAAUAUGUAAAAGCCAUACUCUGACACUGAGCUGGGUAAACCAUAGUUAAUAAAACUGUAAGCAGUUUACCAAAUGGCCUUUAAUUGACUUUUUUGUAAAUAGAAAUAACUUGUUAAUGAAGAAGAAAUACAUCUUUGUUGUAGAAGAACUAGAAAAUCCAGAGAAGUGAAAAAAAAGAAAAUAAAAAUCACUAGUAGUCCCUCCAGUAGAUAAUCAGUUAACCCUUUUCAUGUAUCCUCCCAAACCUUUUUAUAUUCAUUUCCUUUCUUCGUUUGUUACAUGAAUGAUACAUGAAUGAAUUUUCUUUGUAAAACAUUCACGCUAUACUUAAAACACAAAAAUCCCGCAUAUUCCCAUUUCCCCACAUCCCAUUCCCAGCCCCUUUCCAGAGGGUGCCUCCUACUAAAUAUGUGACAUAAGUUCUCUAGUCAUUUCUUCAGCACUUAUGUGCCUUUGCAUAUGUAUCUACACAUAUUCUUAAUUUUUUUAACACAAAUCAGAUCAUAUAAUAUGCAAUUUUCUGCAACAAAAAUUUUUUUACUUAAUAUGUCAUGAAGACCUUUCCAUUUCAGUAUAUAUUGGUCUAUCUCAUUGUUUUUUACAGCUACGUACUUAUCUCACUGUUUUUUACAGCUACGUACUGUUCUAUUUGGUGAAUAUACUAUAAUUUACAUAAUCAUUUUUCUAUUGACGAUUUUGUCAUUUUUUUCUGUUUCAGGUUGUUUCUAGAAGUAGAAUUAAAGAGUCAAAAACAUACUUUUUGUUACUUAUAUUUCACUUGAAUUUAUUUUGAACAUAUUUUUCCCCAUGUCAUUAAAUAGUCUUCCGCAGAAUCUUUUUUUGUGGCUUUAUGUAGUACAGUGAUUCUCAAAGUGUGGUCUGCAGGCAGUUAAGAGUCCAUGAGACCCUUUCAGGGGAUCUGCAAAAGCAAAACUAUUUUCAUAAAACCAAGGUGUUAUUUGCCUUUUGUACUAUGUUGGUAUUUGCACUGAGGUGCAAAGCAAUAAUGAGUAAAACCACUGGUACUUUAGUGCAAAUCAAGGCAAUAGCACCAAAUUGUUGGUUUUAUUAAUUCUUAAUCUUAACACAUCUCUGCAAUAUUCUGUGUGCUGAAAUGGAAAGUGUGCAUAAGCUCUUCUAUGUACUAGACUAUGAUGGUCGUCUGAAGGAAAGCCCUCCUUUGACGGUUUGAGUGGUGAAUUGAAUUACUUACUUUUUUGGGGAGGGGAAUACCAUUUUACUGAAAAGAAUUACUGAUAGAAAACUAUGAUUGGUGUUGGUGUCGCGAUGCAAUGUACACACCAGGAUAGAUGUGGAGAGGGCUGAAGGCCACUCUGAGUUUAUUAUAACCAGCGUUUCAAUAUAUACAUAGCUUACAUCUGUUAAACAUACACAGGUGUUCUGGACAAUGUAAUUAGUGAAUGCCAAGAAUUCGUAGUGAUUUCUCAAAGAGCCCUCCCUCGAACUGUGUUUUGAUAUUAUCAUGUUAUUGCUGUGCUCGUAUAUUUUUAUCUCGGAGCAUGCAAGGCCUCCUAGGCAAUGGCCCCUCCUGCUCCCAAUAUCGUGUCUCCAUCUGUGCCCCUAGGCGACUGUGCCUGGCUUAGGUUGCCUCCCAUGGGAGCUCUUACCCGUCAUGGGCUAACCAGCCUCCUCACCUCCAGGUCACAGUUUGUUGGCAAGCCUUUUCCAGUGAUUAUUAACCCUUCCUGCAUCAGGGGUGGUUACAAUUGGUUAUUCAGACUUGGGCAUUUGGUGGACAUUUUCUCAAAAUGGAACAAAGUCAGUGUCUCACUUCAAGGAAAACUAAUGGUUAUUUGUUACCAAUGAUAAAAUUUGAGAUUUCUAGCAAAAUUUGUAAUUUUGGAAAACUUGUGUCUGCUUCCAGGAGUUUGACAGCUUCCCAUAAUGAGAAGGGUAGGAUUUUUCUAAUGAGAUGGGUAGGAUUAGCAGUUUUUUUUCUUACAUUAUAUAAUUAUUUUUGUCAACAGUUAAGAACAUUACGUAACUCAGUGAACCAAUAUUUUCUGGAUGACUAAUAUGUGAUCUUAUAAAAUCAUGCAUGGAUAAAAGAUACAUUUGAAGCGCACAAUGGACCAAUGAAUUUUAAUGUAUGUCGCAGAAUAUGAAAAAAUUCAUUUAUAUGGUUUCAGAUUACACAUUACGACUAGUUUUUAAGGAACUAACACUUGUCCAGUUUUGGUAUGGUUUUAAAGAAGAAUGUCUACAAUUAUUUGGAAAGACUGUUAAAAGACUCCUUUCUUUUCCAACUACAUACUUGUUUGAGGUCAGACUUUCUUCAUAUACUACAGCCGAAACAGCAUAUCAAAACAGAUUGAAUGCAGAAGCAGAUCUGAGAAUCCAGCCACUUCUGUUAAACCAGACAAUAGUGCUAUUCUUCUGUUCUUGGGGGGGGUGCGGGGGGUGCAUUUCAAAAAAAUGUAUUCAUGUUAACAUGUAAUGGACUUAC